CAUCACAUUCCAAUUUUGAGACAUUUGAUUUCCCCCCAAAUCCGAUACGACCGAUUUAAUCCCAAAAUUUAAAAACCUUUAUCCCUAAUCUAUUCUUUUUAUCUCCAUCGCAUGCACAGAAGAUGACGUUUUCCCCCUUCUCACGACGAUGACAUCGUUGAGCCUUCUACUGAAGGUCAGAUUCUAGAUUUUGACUGGUGGUGGUGGACGACACUAACAUUCAACCAUCAUGGUUUCUGAGUAAGAACCGUUAUAGAUCAAUUAUCUCUCAAUCCCAUAAUGGAGACGUCGACAUUAAGGUGUGGACUCUGCGAAUACUCUAUUAGACCGAGAAUCAUAUAACAAUACUAGGCCAAGGGAAAUCAAUAUGAUGCAUAAAUUGAUAAUUUCCAAUCGAUGUCAUCAGGUUCCUUCACCACUUCUGGAUGUUGAUCGUGUCGUUAUUGCCCUAUGUCGUCGUUGUUAUUAUCGAGCAUCUUUGUGCCACCAAGUAUGCCUCUGUAUGGUAUCGAGGUUUUUAUUUUCUUAUUUGAUUCCCAUUUCGACUAAUUCUUUAUCGAUAUCGUUCUACAUCACACCCACCACAAGAAACCUCUUAUCCCCUUUCCACAGUGACGACAUCGUCGAGCCUUCAACGCCCGAUCAGAUUCAAGAUUGUGACUUCUGGAUCAAGACUUACGUUGUCGGCUUCCAUCUUUCCCUGUAAGUAAGCUAAUAACUGAAAUACAUAUCUUAUUCUUAUCUUGUUGGUUAUUCUGUUUGUAGAUUAUGGAAGCGGACUGAUGUCUACUCGUUUUGUGAAGGAUUGAAUGGUAUUUUGGAUUAUUGAUUGUAGUUUAAUAAUUUUCCUAUGAUGGUGACAGCUUUUAUGAGAGCUUUGUGCAAUUUGUCCUUUUUACCCCUGUUAGGUAUCUUGUUCGGUGGCAGCCCUUGAUGCUAUCAACUUCUUUCCAUGCUGCUAUUUGGUGUUUGCGGUCAUAUGAUAGUUUUGACUGCUUUCCCCUGUCAAAUUGAUUGUUUUGCUCUUGAUUGCCUUAUUUGUGCUAGCUUUGAUGGUUAUAGGCAUGGUGGUGCUUAUUUCUGCUGUAAGCUUAGUUGUGCUCACUGCUGGACAAAUGGUGUUUGGCUUUUACUUACGGAACAAAUCAGAAUUGUGGGUGUCUUAAGUCUUGUUGAUGAUAAAAUUUAUGAGCCAGGGACCACAAGUAACUUGAGAUUAAGACAACCAAGUCUAAGAAGGGAAAAAAAAGUUUCAACAACACUACAUAGGAUAAUAAAGAAAACAAGGACCAAUGUUAUUAGGAAAACAACGUAGAAGUUCUCAUUCUCGGUUUAAUAUUUUCUUAAAAUUUUUCCUUUUUGAUGUUAUUUGGAUUUUAUCUUUGUUAUUAUUUUUUGGUCAACUAUUAACAGUAAAAUUUAUGUACGAAUUUUAUAUUUUUAUUAAUAAAAUUUUCUUUUAUUA